AGCAGUAGCCGGGGCGGGGAGACGGAAAGCCACACGGGCUUAGACAGCAGCUAUGCGGCUAGGUAGCGAGCGGGGUAGCAGCCGGCAACUCUAGAGCGAGAAAGGUCUCCCUGCUGUACACAUACGGGUCGUGCUUCCGUGAGUGUAAGCGCUAUUUUCAAGGACGUUCUACAGAACUAUGUACCUCUGGACCAGUGGCUUAAUGUUACAGUGCUUCUCGCUUUCUUGCUGCGUAUUUGGAUUCAACUUUUAAUAUCCCACCAGCUGCUCACCAGACACAUGGUGAAUUGCUUUCAUUCCCAGGAUUGCAUCUUUGAAGGCCAAGCCCUCGUCAGCUUUUCUGUGAUAAGAGAAGACCACGAGGAUACAUUCAUUGAAAAGAUUUUUGGCCUGCCUUUCCCUAGAUUAUCUUUUUCUAGUUGGUGCACCCCCUAGCCAUGGAGCAGGGAAUGGAUUACUGGUUAACACAAAUACAACAAAAGGAUGUUGGGAAGCGGCUUCAGGUCGGACCAGACAUGAUUGACUACCUGUCUGAUAAACAGAAGUCUGUAGACCUUGAGCAUGACCAAACUCAACUUGAUAGGAUGGUUGAUGGAAUUGCCACUUCCUGGGUGAACUCUAGCAAUUAUAAGGUUGCUUUGCUGGGAAUGGAUAUUUUGUCUGCACUAGUUUCAAGGUUGCAAGAUAGGUUUAGACAACAGAUUGGAACAGUUCUGCCAAGUUUAAUGGAUCGGUUGGGAGAUGCCAAGGACUCAGUUCGAGAGCAAGAUCAAACUCUCCUAAUAAAAAUUAUGGAACAAGCCUCAAAUCCUCAGUACGUGUGGGAUCGGAUGCUCGGAGGAUUCAAACACAAGAACUUCCGUACUCGGGAGGGAGUUUGUCUCUGCCUUAUUGCAACGCUUAACAUAUAUGGAGCCAAUAGUCUGACGCUGAGCAAGCUUGUCCCACAUAUAUGUAAUCUGCUGGGGGAUCCUAAUAGUCAAGUCCGAGAUGCAGCAAUAAAUUGCCUUGUAGAAAUCUACAGACAUGUAGGGGAACGUGUACGCGCUGAUCUCAGUAAAAAAGGGCUACCACAGUCUCGAUUGAAUGUUAUUUUUACUAAAUUUGACGAAGUGCAAAAGUCCGGAACGAUGAUCCAGUCAUCACUGGAUAAAAACUUUGAUGAUGAAGAUUCAGUUGAUGGUAACAGACCUUCAUCUGCCAGCUCUUCCACGUCUUCAAAGGCUCCUCCUGCUUCCCGCAAAGUAGUGAGCAUGGCGCCCCCACGAAGACCUGGUACAUCCACUCUCAGCGCCAAGACAGGAUCUACCAAAGAAGGUGCAGGAGCAGUGGAUGAAGAAGAUUUUAUCAGAGCUUUUGAAGAUGUCCCAACUAUCCAAAUCUAUUCAAGCAGGGAUCUGGAGGAAAACAUUAACAAAAUCAGAGAAAUUUUGUCAGAUGAUAAGCAUGACUGGGAGCAAAGAAUUACAGCUUUGAAGAAAGUUCGAUCACUGCUUUUAUCUGGUGCAUUGGAAUAUGACACUUUCUUCCAGCAACUACGUCUGCUUGAUGGUGCUUUAAAAUUGUCAGUAAAGGACCUGCGGUCUCAAGUUGUGAGAGAAGCUUGUAUCACCCUGGGGCAUCUUUCAUCUGUCCUUGGUAACAAAUUUGACCAUGGAGCUGAAGCAAUUAUGCCCACGGUGUUCAACCUUGUUCCUAACAGUGCCAAAAUCAUGGCCACGUCUGGCAUUGUUGCCAUUCGAUUGAUAAUACGUCAUACACAUGUCCCAAGAUUAAUACCUAUCAUCACCAGUAACUGCACCUCUAAGUCUGUGGCAGUCCGAAGGCGCUGCUAUGAAUUUUUGGAAUUGCUUCUUCAGGAAUGGCAGACACACUCUCUAGAAAGGCACAUAUCAGUAUUAGCAGAGACUAUCAAGAAAGGAAUCCAUGAUGCCGAUUCAGAAGCUAGGAUAGUUGCCAGGAAGUGUUACUGGGGAUUCCAUGGCCACUUUAGUAAGGAGGCUGAACAUUUGUUUCAUAACCUGGAGUCCUCAUAUCAGAAGGCCCUGCAAUCCCAUCUGAAAAACUCUGACAGCAUUGUCUCCCUGCCUCAAUCUGACCGAUCCUCCUCUAGCUCCCAAGAGAGCUUGAACCGUCCUCUUCCCAGUAAAAGAAGUCCGACUGGCGGGGCUGCAUCAAGAGCAUCCACAGCUACUGCUAAAUCCUUGGCUACACCAGGCUCUCUGCAGCGAUCUCGCAGUGACAUUGAUGUGAAUGCAGCAGCCAGCUCCAAGUCUAAAGUAGGGUCAGCUGCUUCCACACCCUUCAGUUCUGCCGCUGCUCUUCCUCCUGGCUCUUAUGCAUCACUAGGUCGAGUUCGCACAAGACGGCAAAGUUCUGGAAGCACCACCAGCACUGCAUCAACUCCAGCAGACACACGAGGCCGCAGCCGAGCCAAAAUAGUAUCUCAAUCCCAACCUGGUAGCCGGUCCAAUUCUCCAGGAAAGCUUCUAGGAAGUGGGUAUGGUGGAAUAUCUGGUGCCCAAAGGGUCCCUCAGCUGUCUUCAGACAAAAGAAGCAAGAUUCCACGCAGCCAAGGGUGCAGCCGGGAGACCAGCCCAAAUAGAAUAGGACUAGAUCGCUAUGGGAUCAGCCAAUCGGGUCGACUACCUUCUUCUGUAACUGCGCUCAGAGUUCUUAGCUCCAGCACAGACUUGGAAGCUGCUGUGGCAGAUGCUCUGCUGCUGGGAGACCCAAGAAGUAAGAAGAAGCCUGUGAGAAGACGCUAUGAACCAUACGGCAUGUACUCAGAUGAUGAUGCAAACAGUGAUGCAUCAAGCGCCUGCUCUGAGAGAUCCUAUGGAUCACGUAAUGGAGGAAUUCCUCACUACCUGCGUCAGACUGAGGAUGUGGCAGAGGUUCUCAAUCACUGUGCUAGUUCCAACUGGUCGGAAAGGAAGGAGGGACUAAUAGGACUACAAAACCUUCUCAAGAGUCAAAGGACGCUCAGUCGUGUUGAACUGAAGAGGCUCUGUGAAAUUUUUACUCGCAUGUUUGCUGAUCCUCACAGCAAGGUGUUCAGUAUGUUUUUGGAAACUUUGGUGGAUUUUGUCAUCAUUCAUAAGGAUGACCUUCAGGACUGGCUGUUCAUUUUACUGACACAGCUUCUGAAGAAGAUGGGAGCUGAUCUGCUGGGCUCUGUACAAGCUAAAGUCCAGAAAGCCUUGGAUGUGACAAGAUCUCCACGUUUUACCUUCCCCUCAUUUCUCGCAACUGACUUCAAAUGUAAGAAUUGUCUUAAAGACAAAUUUGGAGAUUAUAUCCAAUUUAAUCGGGACUACAUAGAGUGCCCCCAUGGUUUUUGGGAUGCUGCAAAGGCAGUUCUUAGGGGUGAAAUCAUAGCAUAUAGCUCUAUGAGGGUUAGGAAAAUCAGACUGAGAGAGAAAGAAAUCAUCAACUCUGUAAUCAACUCAUAUAACCGCUUCUUGCUGGAGAAGACACCAGUUAGUUGGGCAAAUUAUAUCAGGGCUAAAAAUGCAAGAGAUGCCUUUGCAGUGUUCCAGGAAACACAGAAAGAUUUAAAACUUCAAGCAAGACUAUACAGGUACGGAAAUAAAUCUGGCAAAUUACUGGCUAAUUUGGUCAAAAGGGACAAGAAGACAUUUCUUAUUGAAAGUAUCCAACAGGAGGGUGCCACCCUCGAUCAACCUGAAGAGAUUUCGGAGACCCUGCAUAAUUGGGUAUGCGAUGAUUUACAAGUUAGACCCAGCACAGCAUCCUCAGGGCCUGGAGAGGUGAACCUGGAAGAGAAAUGUAAACAGGCUGCACAGAUAGUCUUGAUUUCCCUUUUUGAGCUAAAUACACCUGAAUUCACAAUGUUACUGGGUGCCUUGCCGAAAACAUUCCAGGACGGUGCUACCAAACUCCUGCACAACCAUCUCAAGAACUCCAGCAAUAGCAGCAUGGGGUCCCCCAGCAAUACCAUUGGCCGAACGCCUCCUAGACACUCCAGCAGCAGGGCCAGCCCUUUGACAUCACCAACCAACUGUUCUCAUGGUGGUAUCUCUCCAAGCAUGCUGGAUUACGACACAGAAAACCUGAAUUCAGAUGAAAUCUACAGCUCUUUGCGUGGGGUCACUGAAGCUAUUGAGAAGUUCAGCUUCCGCAGCCAAGAGGACCUUAACGAGCCAGUUAAACGAGAUGGGAAAAAGGAUGGUGAUCUAAUUUCACGAGAUGGUGGAAUUGCUUCUCCAGCUUGUGACCUCCGGGUUGGCUCCGAUAUGGUAGAAGGAGGAAGGAUGGCACUGGAUAAUAAAACAUCCCUUCUGAACACCCAGCCACCCCGUGCCUUCACAGGACCACGAGGCCGAGACUACAACCCCUUCCCAUACUCUGACUCCAUUAACAGCUAUGAUAAGACAGCUCUCAAAGAAGCAGUGUUUGAUGAUGAUAUGGACCAGCUACGUGACGUCUCUAUAGACCAUUCAGACUUGGUGGCCGACCUACUGAAGGAGCUGUCUAAUCACAAUGAGCGAGUGGAAGAGAGGAAAGGAGCGCUGUGUGAGCUGCUGAAGAUCACGCGAGAAGAUAAUCUGGGGGUGUGGGAGGAGCACUUCAAAACCAUUCUUCUCCUCUUGCUGGAGACUUUGGGAGACAAAGACCAUGCAAUUCGAGCUUUGGCAUUGAGGGUGCUCAGAGAAAUCCUUCGAAACCAACCAGCCAGGUUUAAAAACUAUGCAGAACUUACCAUCAUGAAGACCCUUGAAGCACAUAAGGAUUCCCAUAAAGAGGUUGUAAGAGCUGCAGAAGAAGCUGCAUCAACAUUGGCUAGCUCCAUACAUCCUGAACAAUGCAUUAAAGUCUUGUGUCCCAUCAUCCAGACUGCAGACUACCCCAUCAACCUUGCUGCUAUUAAAAUGCAGACUAAAGUAAUUGAGCGUAUUUCAAAGGAGUCCCUGCAUCAAAUUCUUCCAGACAUAAUCCCCGGCUUGUUACAGGGCUAUGACAACACUGAGAGCAGCGUCCGGAAGGCAAGCGUUUUUUGUCUAGUGGCAAUUUAUUCUGUAAUUGGAGAAGAGCUGAAGCCAUACCUUGCACAGCUUACCGGUAGUAAGAUGAAACUUUUGAAUUUGUACAUAAAAAGAGCGCAGACAACAAAUAGCAACAGUAGCUCGUCAUCCGAUGUUUCCACACACAGUUAAUGGAAGGAAUCCAUACCAGGGCUGAUUUUCAAGAUACCAGGCAGGGGGAGUGCCUGCACCUCUCAUAAUGAGCUUUGCGUCCAGAGGUGGCUAUUAAGUAAAUCUAAUGCUAAUAGCAUUAACUCCUUCAAUGCUGGAGGGGCCACCAAGGAAUUCCAGAGUUCCAGCGCUGAAGGGGUUAUAAACGUCUGGAUAUAUAAAUGACACUCCACUGUCCUUUCGCCAGGAUGCGGCUUAAUCCGGGCAGAGCUCUGGAAUUACGAAGCAAUCAUUAGUGCCUCCAUUAUACCUCUCUGCAACUACACAUCCCAUUAUUUGUUGCAACCAGUAUUUUUUAUUUUAAGAAAAUACAUUUAUGUGAAUUAUUAUUAUAUAUAUAUAUUAUUAUUAUUUUUUUUUUUUUUGGAAUUGAAUGUAGAGGUGGCCAGGCUUGUAGUGCAGUUUUGAAAGACGAAAAAAAGCCAGAUAAAGCGGAUAAGCUUGUUUUGAAAAAUAUCGAUAGAAUUUGGAGAAAGGACCUCUAAAGAUUUGCACUGUAAAAGAGAAAAAACAUUGUUUCAUUUUGUAAAUAUUUUGCACAAUUAAUUAACCGCCAUUAGUCUUAUUGUAUUAAGAUGCUCCUAUUCAAAAUGCAAAUAUGAUUUUCAGAUUUAAUGCAAUUAUUAAACAUGUUGUUAGUCCGCUUUUAUCCAACAGAACAUGAAGGUCCCUGUACGUGUUUUUGCUCUUGUGCAAAUUCACGGCAUUGUCAAUUUAACAAUCAUCGUUUUAGCAUUGUGUCUGUAACAUAGUUUUUCUUCUUUUAAAAAAAAAAAAUUUUAGUUUGGCAGAACAUACUUUUGUGAAUAGAUUUUGUCAGAUUAUACUUCCUUUAAUUGAAAAAUAUUAAGGUUCAAGCUACACUCAUCCCAGUGAGUGAUAUGCAUAUUGCUUUUAUCAUUUUUAAACUAGGCUAAUAGGCCAAGGACUAUUCAUGGCAUCGGAAUGUGUAAAAAAUUAACUUAAAAUAUAUUACAAGUUGUUUUCCUAAUAUGUGCCAGAUGUCAUGGGCAGUAUUACCAAAGCAGGAGGUAAUGUACUGCUAUUAAAUAAUACACUUAGUGAUACUUUAGAAGUUCUAACAUCCAUCUUUAUGGCUUUGCCUACAGUGCUCGGACAUUAUUUUGUAUUCAAAAUAAUUAGUUUGAAAGAAGUGAUAGAUUGUCAUUCCACUGUGAGGCUUUCUUCACCAUUAUAGAAUAUGCAACUGAAAUCUAGUGAUCAGCAGGAUAAGUGGCAACAUGCAUUUACUAAUAAAGCCUAGAAUGUUGCUUAAAUUGGAAUCAAACUAAUAUCUGUAUGUAACAGAUCUAACCACAAGCCAUGUGCCAUGAUUAACUGGCCAGCUGCGAACAUCUUCCUAUCUAGAAACCUUGGCUAUAUCAUUAUGUAAGCAGGGCUUGUGGCUUGAAUAGUUUUACGCCUAUGCUAUUGGCUCUAUUUCAGCUAUCAAAUUGCACACCAUGCCUGCCUUCCUAACUGAGAUAUCAGCGCAUCUGUACUCAUUCUCCAUUUACAUGUGAACGUGUUAGAUUUCCUUACAUCUGCAACACAGUUCAUCCAAUAAUUUUCUAUAUAGGCACAGACAAGGAAAGUAUGAAUAUUUUUGUUUUGUUGUCCAUUGAAUUAUUUAUGGAUUAUUUAAAUACCAUGUAUAUAGAAAACAUUGCUCUUCUGUUCUUUAGGACUAAAGCAUUUUCAUGUUUAACAUUAUGGGCGCUGAGAGGAUUAGACACUGUGUGUAUAAGGUUCCCAGGCAGACUGACCUUUCACUACCAUAUAUAAUUUAUGAUGUAUUCCUUAUUACACGACUAUAACAAUUUCUUCUCCAAUGCUGAACUGUUCAAAUUCCCCUAAGACAUGGGGUUGCGGCCCCGGUGCAACAACCUCUGAGUGGCCUUACUAAAUUCCUAGAAGAAACUGGAUUACAGGCAGAGAUUUGUGGAGUAACAUGUAGAGAAUGGAUUGCAGGCAGAGAUUUGAGGAGGAAAUCCACCAUAUGGGGAACAUUUUCUCAAUAUUCCCAGAAGGUAGAUUUUGGUUUUCAAGUAGAUUCCUGCAUCCACUAGAGAUCAUAUGGUGUCAAGCUAAAAAGAAAAAAACAUCUACCUUCUCUACCUCAUUUGUUGUCUCAGGUAGAAAGUUGGUGUUUUCUACAUUAAAUUUGAGUUUGGCACAAGUACAUUAUAACACAUUAGGCACACUAGUAAAUCACACAGAUACAUUUUACAAAAUAACUUUUUUUGAUAGCAGUAACAAUAAGGUCAGUUAACUUUCCAUGGGUAUUUACUAUUGUCCUGUUACCAUUGUUGCUUAAUAAUAUACUUAUGAGUCGGUGCUCAAGAGUGAUUGGAUUGUGUCUGUGCCCAGCCACAUGUGAGAUUUUCUGUGAAUGUAAAUGAUACUUCUUACACAAGACCUAAUAUUUUAUGAAGUAAUUAGGCUCCUAGUGUUAGUAUGGGGCCAGAGCAAACUUGUGAUAUUUGUAUUGACAGAAGAUUACCACAACUUCUACCACCCUAUGUUGCUCACAACAUAGUACAUAAAAAGAAAUGCAGAUACCACAGUUUCAAGUGCAAAGACAUAUAAUAUCUCAUACAUUUCACAUUGUUAAUCAUAUACAAACCCAUUUUUGAAGGUGAUAGUGUGUUUCUUGCAUGCCCAACAUGUUGAUUAUAUCCACUCCUUAACCAUCUCUGCUGCCUAAUGAGAAUUUUCUCUUUAUUAGUGUGGGGGAGAUUUACACAACAUCAAAGCCGUGAUCCUGAUAUCCAGUAGUUGUUGACUGCUAAUUUGGGAUUUGGACUUAAUUGUUGAUAGUAUUGUCUCAGAUUUAUUUAUUUCCUCCCUCCCUAUUUUGUUAUCAGAAUUGUGCAGCACAAUGUUCCACCUGUCAUACCAAAGAAAAACAAAGAUGGAGAAGGCUGUUCUUUUAUAGGAGAAUCAACUCAUCUGCUUUGUACUUGGUUCUGUCUACACUGAUUUUUCUAACUUUUGCCUGCCUGGGCAAGAAUGGUAUUUUCACCUAUUAAGGAUUCAUCAUUCAUAUUUGUGUUUUAUGUCCAUAAUCAGGCUACAUAUCCAGAGUAAAAGCAGACAAAGUGAAAUGGAAGGAAACAAUAACUAUAACCAUCAACCCACUUGAAUUUUAAAUACUGUAGUAAUAAAGUAUUGCCGAACAAUGAAGUCAUGAAACAGAGUUGCAACACACUGAGCAUUACCUGGGUUCAAAGCUAAACCAUAACCUCUCUUCUUUUGCCUAUUUACAAUACACCUAGGUAUUCUUAUAUAUACACAAUGUUGCCAUUAUUUAGCAUAGUAGUAACACAAAAGGAUGAUCCAUUCAAACUAUUUAUGGACCUUGCUAAUAAUGUAUAAAGAAGAAAAGUAUCAAACUUUGAAUCUGUGAUUGUAAAAGUCAAGGGUCCCAUUUUUGUUGCUACAGGAAAGACUUGCAAUGUUUUCAGAAGCAAUGACUUGGAUCCUCGGGGUUAAUGUGCAUGUCAUUGACAUUUUUCUCUAGGUUGAUUUUUUUUCUCUUUUGUCAUGUUACACCCUUUCUGUAUUUAUAUCUUUACUCUUCACUUUUCUGUGUAUCAUGGCAUCUGUACAGAUUUUAUUUUUUUUGCUUUAACAUGUACGUGAUAGAAUUUGCAAAAAAAGAAAAUGAGAAGAAAAAAAAAAAAAAAAACAUGAGUUUGCUUUAGAAUAAAUUAAAUUUAUGUUUAA